UGCCAGUGUCUCCGCCGCCGCCGAACCGCCGAACCGCCGCUCGCAGCGCCCCACUGUCCGACCCGCCGCCUACGGGCAGGGGGGCCCGUCUCGGCCCGCCGCCCCCCCCCACCCCAACCCCCCGCCGCCGCCCGCCCGGCUCGGGAAGCAGGCAGAGUGGCCCCUCGAGCCCCAGCGGGUCCCAGUUGGUGACGAGCAGCUGUCAUGAUCUCUACAGCACCUCUCUAUAGUGGGGUGCACAACUGGACCAGCACAGAGCGGAUUCGCAUGUGUGGCCUCAACGAGGAGAGGAGAGCCCCCCUUUCUGAUGAGGAGUCUAAAACAAGCAGCUCCCAGCACUUGGGGUCUCAAGAGUUUUGCGUCAGCAGCAGCCUUUCCGAGGUGGAGCUCACAGCAGUCAGUGGUGGUGGCAGCAGUGCCCAGGGGCUGGAUGCUGAUGGCAAGGUGGAGGAGAAGCUUGGACCCAAACUGGAAGAGCAGCCACCUGAUCCCAACCCAAACCCGGAGUGUGCAGGAAAGACUGUGAAAGAUGAUGCCCUGGGCCCUCUGGCAAGCCAGGGGGAUGGCAGAGGGCAGGAGCCUGCAAUCCCCAGAGCUGCAGAGCAGGAGAGCAGUGGUGCUGAUGCUGCCUGGACACCUGCAGAUCCUCACAGCGACAAGCAGGCUGAUGCUCCUCCAGCCUGCUCUGUGGCUCCAGAGAGCGAGCCUGCUGAGAAGGAGAAAACCACCCCAAGCGCUGGAGCACAAGGGCCGGGCGUGCUGGCAGAAGGGACGUUGUCUGUGGUUGUCUCCAGCUGCAACACCUCUGCCUCCACUCCCGCUACUUUUACUUUGAACAGAGUGUGCUUUCCCACAUCUCAGGCCCCUGCUAUGCAAAAACUGCCCCUGUCCUUUCAGGCUGGGGCAGUUCUGAGCCCGAGCCAGUCGCUGGUGUACAUCCCACCACCCAGCUGCGGGCAGCCACUCAGCGUGGCUACACUUCCAGCCACCUUGGGGGUCUCCUCCACGCUCACCCUCCCCGUCCUGCCUUCCUACCUACACGAGCGUUGCCUGCCGGGCAUUAUCGCUUCCCCAGAGUUGCGCUCCUACCCCUACACCUUCUCCGUCACCAGACCCUUGGCUUCAGACACCAAAGUGGUGUCUGUGGAGGUGAACCAGCUUAGCUGUCCUUCGCCCUCAGGCGGAAGCGGUGCCCAGGCUGCUGCCGAGGGUGCUCCCCCAUCCACCGCUGGCCCUUCCCUCUCAUCCAGCCAGCCUCCGCUGGCAGCAUCGUGUGGGAGUGCUGCUCCCUCUUCCGGCACCGGUGUGCAAGCCAGAGCCCCAGCAGCUCCGGAGCCGCACGCACCGGGAGCUGCUGCCACUUCACUCUCUCCUCUGAAGUCCCCUCCACAGCUGGAGCGUGAGAUGGUCUCCUCUCCAGAGUGCAGCGAGAUGCCUCUCGAUCUCUCCUCCAAGUCCAAUCGUCAGAAACUGCCUCCACCCAGUCAGCGCAAAACACCUCCUAUGCCCAUCCUCACACCCGUGCACACCAGCGGUAAAGCACUUCUCACCACGGUCCUGUCCAAGUCCCAGCGUGCGGCCCAGACUACGGGCAGCAGCGUCACCUCGUGUCUCGGCACCACCCCUCCCUUAGUCAUCUUCCCUGAGUUCCUGCGCAAUGGCGAGCAGGGCUCCUGGGUGAAGAACACCACGCUCAUCAGCACCAUUCCAGGCACUUACGUCGGCGUCGCCAACCCGGUGCCUGCCUCGCUACUGCUCAGCAAGGACCAGGGUGUGAGCUUCAACAGGGAUCCGCGCCACCUUCCCAAGCAGGAGCCUAUUUCCAUCAUCGAUCAGGGAGAGCCUCGCAGCGCUGGGGUUCCCUGUGGGAAGAAAGCCAACCAGGUCAGCACAGAAGGACAGCAGGAUCCUGCCAGGAGACAUCUUCAUGGCAGAGUUGUUCCAGGAGCUCCUUUGUGUCAGUCCAAGGACAUCUCCACCUGGAAUCCCGGCCAGGGAAGUGUGUACCCACGAUGCCCCGUGAAUGGAAAACCUUCCAAUCCUCAGCUUCUGCCUCUCGGCUGGUCUCCUUAUCAUCAAACUCCCCUGCUUUCAAUUGGCAUCUCCACAGCAGGGCAGCUACCCCCAAACCAGAACAGCUCCUGCAAGCCAGCUGGUGCAGGUGAGCUCCCAACAUUCCCGAGCAUCCAGCCCACGGAGUCCAGCACAGCCGCCCAGAGCCUGCCAGAGGGGCUGCCCAGGCACCCACCUCAGGAACGGGAAGCUGCCGCGAAGAGCAAGAGCUGCCGGGCCUUGCCCAAGCUCUACGAGGAGCCGGCCAAUCCAGUCCCGUUGGAUGCAGGUCCAUCUCUUCAGACCAGUGCUUUGGAUGUGAAGGGGGGGAAGGGGAAGCUGGACAACCCUCAGAAGAGUCAGGAGUGUGAGCAACCAGAGGCUGACUCCAGUAAGGAGGGCAAUGUACAGACUGAGGCUCCCCAGGGGAGCUGUAGCCUCAAACAGUUGGAUGCAAAGCCUAAAAACCAAGUGUUAGCAGCGUAUUUGUCCCAUGAUCUGCCCGCGGCUGGGCAGCAGAACCUGCGAAUGAUUUCAGAGGUGCCCACUGUGGCCACGGAGAGUCAACGCAAGGAGCCGGGCUGUGAAGGCUCCCAGGAGCCACCCGCUGCAGAACCCCUGCAGUGCAUGCGUCAGGUGGAUCUGUGCAGGGUCAAGAAGGAGCGAGUGGAGUGUGACGUGUCGUUUACUUCUGUGACUUGCCUGCGAGCUGGGACUGCUCCCCAGGCCUUUGCCGAGGUCAAGCUCAAAGGAGCAGGCCAAAUCAAGCAAGAGGGCAGUGUGCGCUGCAAGUCCAAGCGGCAGCAGGAUGGGGACACCAGGCAGGCUCACAAGAGACUCAAGUGCCAAGCCCAGGACAGUGAGGAGUCCCCAAGCAAAUCGGGGAGCCGGAGUGUGCAUGGCCGGAAGUGGCGAAAACACCAUGACAAUCCGCAUGAACUCAGCAAACGAGAAGGCCGAACCAGCCUGGGAUCAGUGAAGGAUCACAACAGCCUCAGGGUAAAGCGUAAGCGCAGAAGGCCAGCAAAGACAGAGUUCCCGUCUCCAGCGCACCGCGGGGACAGCCACGAGGAAGGUUACCUUGAGAAGAAGCCCAAGAACAACUUUCGGGAUUUCAUUCCGGUGGUGUUGAGCAGCCGGACGCGCAGUCAGUCAGGAAGCAUUGCUGGCUCUUCUGCUGGUGUGACGGGAGAGUGUGAUGUGAGUGGUCAGGAGAUUUUACCGUUGCUGGAGGAGGAUCAGGAAGAAGAGGAGGAGGAAGAGGAGGAGGAGACAUCCUUGAAACGUCGCAAGCUGCGAAAAUCCCACAGGACAUCACGCUAUCAUAGUCGCAGGGCCAGGGACAGGUCUCUGUCUGAGAGGAGCAGCUGUUACACGAGGAGGACCCGGGAGCUGCCCUGGAGAGUGGAAUCACCCAGGCAGCUGUGGGAGCCCAAUGAGGAGGAGGAAGAAGAUGACAGCCACAUCAAAAGGAAGAAAAGGAGACGACAGAAAAGUCGGAAAUACCAGACAGGGGAAUAUUUGACUGAGCGAGAGGAGGAGCGAGUGGGCUACCCUCACAGGAGGCGAAAAUCCAAAGCAGAUUUUAGGUACCGGAAGCAGAAGGAGCCUGUGAAGGGUAAAGGCACAGAGCUACGACUGAGGAGCAGGCUUUCCCCAUCCCCCCGAAAAUCUCAAGGACGCCCAGACUUUCGGAAUGGCUUCUUCCUGGAGCACUCUGACAGCUCUCCUGUCCAAGAAGAGCUGGAGAAACCAUCAGGAAAACGCAAAUGUAAAACAAAACACCUGGCAGGGAUCUGUGAUGAGGGAAAGGGGAAAGGCUGCUGGAACCAGCCCAAAAUGCGCUCUCUGAAGAAGCCCCAGGACUUGUGGACACUUUGUAAGUCCCGUCGGGUCAGCCCAGGGAGUUCCCCCGAAUUGCCCAUGGCCCAAAACAUUCCUCCUGGCGCUCGACGGCUGAUUGUGAACAAAAAUGCAGGGGAGACCCUUCUGCAGCGAGCAGCUCGCCUGGGCUACAAGGACGUAGUGCUCUAUUGCCUGCAGAAAAAGAGCAGUGACGUGAACCAUCGUGACAACGCUGGCUACACAGCUCUGCACGAAGCCUGUGCGCGAGGCUGGAUCGACAUCCUCCACAUUCUGCUAGAGCACGGUGCCAACGUGAACUGCAGUGCACAGGAUGGCACAAGGCCUGUCCAUGAUGCAGUAGCAAACGACAACCUGGAAACCAUGUGGCUUCUACUCUCCUAUGGUGCUGAUCCCACUCUGGCCACUUACUCUGGGCAGACAGCUGUGAAGCUUGCCACCAGUGAAGUGAUGAAGCGCUUCCUCUGUGAUUACCUUUCAGAUCUCCAGGGGCGCACUGAUGGAGAUCCUCGAACAGCAUGGGACUUCUACAGCAGCUCUGUACUAGAGGGGAAAGAUAGCAUUGGAUGCGAUCUUCUGCUCAACCCUCCAGGAAGUUCAGACCAGGAGGAAGAGGAGCAAGAAGCAGACAACUUCAUGUUUGAGUUCUCAGACAAGCCACUGCUUCCCAGCUAUAACCUCCAAGUGUCAGUCUCUCGGGGGCCCUGCAACUGGUUCCUCUUCUCCGAUGUGCUCAAGCGGCUGAAGCUGUCCUCCCGCAUCUUCCAGGCCCGCUUCCCGCACUUCGAGAUCGCCACGCUGCCCAAGGCGGAGUUCCAGCGCCAGGUCUCUCUCAGCCAGGUGCUGGCACAGGAGGAGGUGCCGGAGAGCCCCGAGCCAGCGCCGGGCGCUGCAGAGACAGUGGAGCUGGUGCACUACGAGCCCGAGCUGCUGCAGCUGCUGGGUUCAGCGGUGGAGUACCAGGCCUGGAGCAGCUGACGGGGAUGGAUCGCUCCCUGCAUCAUGAGGCAAUAAUAAGGACCAACGGGAAGCGGCCCUCUCAGUGCCAGCAGCAGGGACCCGAGUCUUUGGCCAGCCAGCCCUCCUCUCCUCAGGGUCUUCUCUAGCUGGGGAGAGAGGACCCUCGCCUCCAAGGACUUCCCAGGGUCCCUUCGCGACGAGCGGCGGCGGUUGCAGCCGUCAGCCCCAUCUGGCUAUGGCGGGCGCUGAAGCCCCCUCCGCGGGGCUGCGUGAGCCGGAGCUCGUGGGGCAGCGGUGGCUCCGGCUCCGCUGAAGCGAGGGGUGGUGGGUGCCACUGCCCCUCCCCGCCUGACCCCAUGGAACUGCGCCUCUCUGUUUGCCCUCCCCCACCCCCCAACGUCUUCCAUAGUAUUUAUUUAAUUAGUAUUUAAUUUGUAAUGUUUCCUUUGUUGUUGCUGAGUCUGUAUCACUGUGAUGGUGAGCUCCGGGCUAGGGGACGAGGGCUUCCUCCGGCCCCUCUCCAGCACUCCCCGAGGCCGGCGCUCCCCCUGGACCAGCCAGCCCCUGAGCCGCGGACCUGGGGGGGGUCACGGCCCUCGAGGGUUGGGCUCUGGCACCUCGGCUGGGAGCCUGGGGACGGUCACUUCCCUUAGCUUGGGAGCUGGCUUCUGCUGAAGGCGCUCACCUGCCAGCGGAGAGCCAGCCCCGCUGCUCCAUCCUCUCACCGGGCUCCUUCCCGCAUCUCAUUCGUGCUGCUGCUCCCACUCCCCGGCGGCCAUCACACGGGCAGGCGCAGCCCGUGGACCCCAAGCGCACCCCACGCUUCCCGGCAGCUUGUCCCCCCGCCCCGGGGUCUCUCGCCCCCUCCUUGCCCUGCGCGGUGUCUGCUCGGCCUCCCCCCGCUCCCCGCGCCCCUCCUGUGUCACCAGGAGCAGUUCUCUGGGAGAGAGCGGGCACGGCGCCCACCGCCCGGGUGCGGGGCAGGGCUGCUCCGCUCCCAGGAGAUGGUACAGUUUUAUUGUACAGGUGCUAACGGGACCGAGGACGGGACAAUCUUGGUUUUUCUGGCUCUCCCCUGCUCUGCAGCGGGAGCGUUGGGUGGGUUUUUUUGUUGGUUCGUUUUUCCUUUGUGUUGUGUUUCUUCCCAGCCCGGGCAGGUGUUACCCCUUCCCCUUGGACUCCCAGCUGUCAGCCUCCCCUCUGGGGGCUGGGCAGCGCCUUGUUUAAGCCGAGGGUUUUUUGCCUUUGGGUGUGUAUUCUGGUUGCUCUUUCUGAUUUCUGUUUUAUUAUAAGCAGCAACAGGCUGUGGUGUCAAAAACACUGAUGUACAGAAAAAACCUGCAUCAGGCC